AGUUCGUUGGUAGAGAGAGAGAGAGAGUGCAACAAAAGACCCCUUUUAAAUACCCAACACUGACACACACAAACGACGCAUCCUUCUCUCUCUCUCUCUCUCGGCUUUGAUUUCUCUCUCUCUCCUCGAUCCCAAAUCCACUAGGGAUUCAUUUCCGAUGCGAUACUGAGCUUAUUGGAUCCACCACCACGUUUCGUUUCCCAGAUUCUUCUGUACAAAAUUCUUCCCCUCGCCAAUAGGAAAAUUGGAAAAACAUGGACCAUGACAAGACUGGAUGCCAAGCUCCUCCUGAGGGUCCUAUAUUGUGCAUCAACAACUGUGGAUUUUUCGGAAGUGCAGCAACCAUGAACAUGUGUUCUAAAUGUCACAAAGACAUGAUGCUGAAAGAGGAGCAGGCCAAGCUUGCAGCAUCAUCCAUUGGGAAUAUUAUGAAUGGGUCAUCAAGCAGCACUGGAAAUGAACCUGUUGUUGCUGCAGCUAAUGUUGAUAUUCCAGUUAUUUCAGUAGAGCCUAAAACUGUCUCUGUGCAACCUUUAUUUGGUUCAGGUUCAGAGGGGAGUGGUGAGGCAAAGCCGAAGGAUGGUCCAAAACGUUGCAGCAGCUGCAACAAGCGAGUUGGUUUGACAGGGUUUAAUUGUCGAUGUGGCAACCUUUAUUGUGCUGUACAUCGCUACUCAGACAAACAUAGUUGUCCAUUUGAUUAUCGCACUGCCGCUCGGGAUGCCAUAGCUAAAGCAAACCCAGUUGUCAAGGCUGAGAAGCUUGAUAAGAUAUAAGAUUUGGAAUUGAAGUUUCAUGCCUUGAGAACUCUAUUUCAUCAUGAAAUGACCCAAGUUUCCUGCACAUUUUAUUGGUGUUCUUAUUAUAUUGUUAUAUGUGGUGGGGGGACUUGGAGUUAUAAGACAUCUCUGCAAUUUGAAGGACUCUUUCAUGUGAUUGGCGAAAAUAUAUAUGUUGGCCAGUGUUUUAAGUUUUUAAAUCUGUGCUGGUUUGGUGAAAGUUGGUGUUGUUAGCUUUGUAAUGCAUCUAUUCUGUAUCAGAAUGGUAUGUGCAAUUUAAAGAUGGUUUCAGGAGCAUCCAUGGACAUGUGGUUAGAUUGUAAUUAUUGUGGGCUAUCUAAGAAUUAUUUUCGAUAACAGUA